AUGGCUCCGCAGCCUUCCGCGCAAUGCGGCGACUUGACCGGCACGCCAAAUGCGUCCGCCACGCAAGAAGACGCCCGGCGUUCUUCUCGAAGAACGUCUCCUACGCCGUUGGCCUCAUCCAGUCCCUCCAUCGACGAGAAGCCUACGCCUCGCUUCGACAAAUGGAGUCUGGGAAUACUCAACGACAGAGAGACUGAAGAAGUCCCCGGUACUGUUCUGCUUCUCUCUGCAAAGCGCAAUGAGCCUCUGGGUGUCGAACCCCAGCCUACCCCGAAGGCCGAGUCCUCGAUGCCUCCGCAGCCCUUGACACCCAGGCGGACCUCAUUCUCGCUGCCCUCCACUCCUAGGCGCAACUCAUUUUCCUCUACGAAAAGAACAAAAGAUGGUCAAUUAAUAUUGGAGCCACAGCCGAGCGAUUCCAUGAAUGACCCCCUCAACUGGCCGGCUUGGAGAAGGGACGUUGCCCUGCUGUCUUUGGGCUUCUACUGCAUGCUCGGUGGAGGAAUGACUCCAAUCCUUGCUGCGGGUUUCAAUAAUGUCGCGGAGACCUUUGACGUAACAUACUCGAUGGUGGCCCUGACCACAGGUUUGUACAUGAUGGGCCUCGGAGUUGGUAGUGUCAUUUUCUCUCCCACCGCCAUUUUGUAUGGUAAACGGCCCGUCUACUUGCUGUCCGCAGUCAUGUUCAUCCUUACCUCUGUUUGGUGUGCUAAGGCCCCCAAUUACACCCACUUGGCCACCGCCAGAGUGUUCCAGGGUAUCUCGGUGAGCCCAGUCGAGUGUUUACCGUCGGCGACCAUUGCGGAAAUCUUUUUCCUGCACGAGAGGGCAUUUCGGCUAGGCAUCUACACCCUGCUUCUGCUAGGCGGAAAAAACUUGAUUCCUCUGGUGAGCGCAGCAAUUAUACAGGCGAAAGGAUGGAGAUGGGUCUUUUGGGUCGUGACCAUUGUUGUAGGUUUUGGUUUAUGCCUUUUGUUCUUUUUCGUGCCAGAGACAUUUUGGGACCGAACUCCAAGACCUAAAUCCAGGACGUCGGCCGCUCGACGAAGCUUGACAAGUCUGAUUCAUCAUCCUUUCCAUCCCAACAAAUCAAGUGUGCCACAAACUCCCGCAGAAGCAGAUCAGGCAGCGAUAACAGCGGCUUUUGAAAAAGUGAUGACACCUCGCCGGCAGAUGCUGCAUGAGCGCAAUACACAUGCUAGAUUUGAAGAUGCCAUGUUUGACAAGGCGGAUGGAGACAAGCCUGAAGAGGUCUCAUCUCCAGUGGCCUCCAGCGACUCUAGAAGAGACGUCAUUCGCCCAGGAGCUGUGCACCAGACGGACGGAACGAACGAUGCCGUAGAUGACCGCGCCCCAACGAAGAGGGAUAUCCCGUCCACAGUCGGGUCAACCACAGCAGCGGCUCCUCGCAGAAAACGACCGACCGGACUGAACCUGCCACCUCCGCCCGAUUUGGGCGCUCCAUCUGCACCGGGAAUUGGCUCGGAUGAGAAAAGCUUGGGGCCAGGAGCCAACCAGGCCGAAACUGCGCAGCCGGUGCCUCAUCUCCAUAAUCUCAAUUCCCCGUACUAUGUGGAGAUCGAAAAAAAGGACGAUUAUCUCGGGCAUCAUGCCGUUCCUAUGCCUCAAGUGCAUGGACGCCAGGAAGGCCGUCCAGGAUUGCUCCGUCAAGAGACUGCCACAUCAAUACCCGGCUCCGAUCAUAACGGGGCCGACUUGGAGGAGGCCAGAAGUACAGAGGAGACUGACUCGGGUUCUCACUUCAUACGUUACACCGCCCGAUUGAGCGAUUCUCCCCCUAAAACGUAUCUUGCGACUCUCCGGCCGUGGAACGGAAGGUUGUCAGCCUCGAAUUGGUUCCGGGUCGCUCUUCGACCCUUCAUCUUGUUUGUCUACCCAAGUGUUCUUUGGUCUACCCUGGUCUAUUCCCUAUCAGUUGGGUGGCUCAUCGUCCUCUCGGAAGCUAUAUCAACCAUCUAUCGAACUCGCGAUAGUUACAACUUCUCGGCCCUGGGGGCUGGACUGGUGUACAUAUCGCCGUUUGUCGGCGGAAUUCUGGGCACGGCGAUUGCUGGAAAGGUGUCUGAUAUCAUUGUGCGAUAUAUGGCACGGCUUAAUGGCGGGGUCUACGAGCCUGAGUUUCGACUGGUGAUGGGCAUCCCCGUGGCACUCACCACGGUCAUUGGGUUGAUGGGCUUUGGUUGGUCUGCACAAGAGCGGGACAACUGGAUCGUGCCCACCAUCUUCUUUGGGAUCAUCUCCUUUGGGUGCAGCCUCGGCAGCACCACCGCCAUCACUUUCUGUGUUGACAGCUACAGACAGUACGCAGGCGAGGCACUAGUGACGUUGAACUUCAGCAAGAACAUCUUCCACGGCCUGGUGUUCAGUCUCUUCUUUGCCAAUUGGUUGCAGAGCGACGGGCCCAAGACGACCUUUCUGGCCAUUGGUGGUAUCCAGAUGGCUUGUCUGCUGACGACGAUCCCCAUGUACAUUUACGGCAAAAGGGCCAGGAUGUGGACCGUUCGUCAAGGUUUCAUGGAGAACUUUUGA